AUGAAAACGUUAACUUUAUAUUUAAAAAUUACUACAUUGCUUCUUUUAAUUUGGAUGUAUCAACGUUUUUAUAACUGUGAUUCCUAUAAAACUUUGAUUGAUAAAAAUAUAUUGCUAACAAAAAAUGAGUUAAUAUAUGAGAGAGUAUUAACAGAGGGUGACAUAGCAGGUAAAAAGCAAAAUAACGCUGGAGGAUGUCUAGAAGAACGUCCAUUAGGUAAUAAAAAAAACAAAUGUAAAAAUCCGGCUCAAUACAAGAAUCCGUGCGAUCAAUGGCAUAGAGUCAUCACUCCAGCAUUGUGGGAGCGAUUUAAUAAGGAAACAAUUGAAAUGGACCCUAAAUGGAGAAACCAAAAAUGGAAUAGUGAAUGGAAUAAAAUUUCAGCUAACAAAGUUAAUGAUCUACGUUCAAUGUCUUGUCGACGUGAUAUUCCAGAUGAAGAAAAAAACAAAAUAACUGAUAGUAUUAUUAAAGAACUUGAAUCAGAAUUUGAGAAAUUCUUAUGUGAAUGUAAACAAGAGAUGAGAGACCAUAAAACAGAAUCCGAAUCUAAGAAAGAGCAGGGAAAAAAUAAAAUAAAAAAUAAGGAAUCAAAUAUUUUCAAAUUUCUUUUUAGUAAAUUUCAUAACCAUUAA